CCUGUAAAUAAUACUGAAUUAAGCUUAUUAUUGUUUAACUGAUGUUGUACAUCACUAGAAAUAAUAUUAUUGUUUUUGGUAUUACUAAGACUAAAUAUAAUGCAUUUACUUUUCUUUAAUUGUAGCCAGGCUAUACUGAGGAAAAGCGGCAGGUACCAAAAAUGAUGCAAAAAAUUUUACAUUAUGAUAUUCAAAUAACCAAAAGAUUUGUUGAAAGGGCCAUUAAGACUACCGCCUUCAGAUCUUUACGUAACCAUGGCAAAUUUCUUGAGGUCUCAUGUCAUGGCAUAGUGUGGUUAGUAGGCUGGCUUAGUUUUAUUUGGUUGUUUAAUAACAAGGAAUUGUAUCAAAUACAAGUUAACAUGUUAAUAGCUCUCAUUUUGGACAUCAUAGUUAUUGCUGUAAUCAAAGCAUUGGUGAGAAGACGUCGACCAGUGCCAAUGAAUAAACUGUUGGCAGUGGGUCCUGAUAAAUAUUCAUUCCCAUCAGGGCAUGUGAGUAGAGCUAUCAUGAUAGCUUUUAUUCUGACUUGCAUUGAUCCAGUGUCUAUUAUAUUUUACCCUCCACUGUUUGCAUGGGUUAUAUCAGUGUCAAUAUCAAGAGUACUUAUGGAGAGGCAUUAUAUUUUGGAUGUAUUGGCCGGUGCCGGUAUUGGCAUGCUGGAAGGGCUGUUUAUGGGCCUAUUAUGGUUUUCACAGAGCACAUCGAGUAGUAUAUUGGCUUCAUUGUCUGAUGAGAAACGUGAUGGUGGAGAGUUUCAUGUUUAAUUGUUAACUUAUUUUAUUUUUUCAUUGAAUUUGAGUUUGAAAAAUCUCUAGUACCAUACACAAGAGUGUGAAACGUCGUGUUUUUUAUUAUUCACUAGUAUUGAGUACAAUACUUCAAAAUA